AUGGAUUCAAGAAUAGUAAAACUUGUGUUUUUUCUUUCUUGUUUUUCUCCGUCCGUUCAAGAUUCGGAUAAUUCAGCAGAAUCUCUAAAAACUAGCAAAAAAUCAACAGAGUUAUUAAGUCGCCAUAAACGUCUAGUUUACACCAACCAUGAAUGGAAGAACGGAAUUGUUCCUUAUAUUUAUCUCCAAGGGAUAGGUGAUAAAGAACAGAAUGAAAUAGAAUCAGCUAUGUAUUUUGUGGAGAAGUUUACAUGUAUCAGAUUUGUACCAUGGACUACUGAAACUCGUUCCAUGUAUGAUCUAGAUCAUAAUGGUUAUGUUAAAUUUUCAAAUGAAAAAUCGUGUUUUGCUGAUGUUGGGAACAAGAAGAAACCUCAAAGGUGCUCAUGUUGUGAUCGGUUUUCUUGUGUUCACGAGUUAGGACAUGUACUAGGUUUAUAUCACACUCAUCAUUCUCACCAAGCAUCUGGAUGGAUCAGAAUUAACUUUAAUGAACUGAGGAAAAGUCACAUGUACGUAUAUAGAGUCAUGGAGGAAAAAAAUAUACACGAUUAUGCUUAUGAUAUCACAUCAAUGAUGCAUUAUCCAGAAUAUAUGUAUAAAACAAGUUACAGACCAACGAUGAACAAGCUUAUUCGAGGACUAAAAACAACUUCAAAUAGAUUUUAUGCUUUUAGAGAUAUAAAUUGGGUACACAACUGUAAAGAUAAAAGAUGCAACUGGUUCCAUAAGAAGUGUGAAAAUGAUGGUUAUAUAACAACGGUAGAUGGGAGGUGCCAAUGCAAUUGCCCUCUCAGACUAGAUCCUGAAACCGGAUGUACUCAAAUGAUAAAAAGAAGGAAAAAAUUUAGCUGGCCUGCAGGACAUUUUGCUCUUAUGGCAACUGAAAGUGGAUGUCCGGAGGGUAAAUUUGGACAUGGUUCGUUGACUCAUUGGGGAGAUGGUAGAAACUGGCAUUCAUAUACAACUAACAAAGCAAGAUCGAAUCUCCAUUUAAAAGGGGUACAUAAUGCUAAACGACAUACGUAUCAUUUUUGUAUAAGUAAAAACUAUUCACCAUUAGGAAAAGAGUGGCCUGCUGGAUCCUAUUGUAUUUUACGAGAAGGUGGAUUCUGUCCAUACAAAUUUAAAGAGGGAAGUGUCCAGUUUGAUAAUGAAAUUCGAUCUAAAAGACAAAAUAACACAUUUCAUGGCGAAUUACCUGAUGGUGAAUAUGGUGCAGAUGUGAAAUUAAUCUUUUGUUGUCGUGAUGAUGGUCUUUCAGAAUACCCAAUGACUUUACCCAAUGACAAGCCGUUGAUAUUAUUUCAAGCUAAAGCUCUUGGAUAUAAAUGUCAAAAAGUCAAUGGAAUGUCUUAUAAACUGGAAUUUUUUACGUUUGAUAAUCAUGAUACGGGGAAAGCAAAUAUAAGUGGUACUGCACCUCGAAAUAUUAUAUAUAAAGGAGAUCAGUUUUUAAUGUAUUAUUGUUAUUAUGAACCCUCUGAUUACAAUUGUGGUGGUGUUUAUAAUUUAAACAAACAGAAUCCAUCAAUAACCAUAACAUCACCUAACUACCCUAGAGACUACGGACCAGAUGAGGAAUGCACGUGGUUAAUAAAGGCACCCGAAGAUUCCAAGUUGAUGUUGAGUUUUGAAGAUUUUGUGAUUUCACAGGACUUAGAUAAAUGUUAUGAGGCAAUAGGAGUUGGAACUGGUCUGAUUGGACAAGAAGGGCAAUGGAUGUGUGGUUUGUGGAGUCGAGAUAAUUUCUUUUCAAUCUUUAAUAUAAUCAAUGUUCGUUUUCGUACAAGUUUAAGCACUCCUCGGAGGGGAUUCAAAGCUAAAAUAUCACUUAUAUCACAUUAUGAAGAUGGUUUAGAUGGGAAUUAUUGUCGUAAUCCCGGUGAUGGAUUAAAACCAUGGUGUUAUAUACAUGCUGAUGGUUGUGAGAGAGAAUAUUGUGAUGCCUGUAUGCAUGGACCUAUUCAUGAUACAAUUAAUAAUUGUGAGGAACUGAAAAAUGAUACAGCUGAUUUUUGUGAAAAUGAUUUUAGAGCCUUGUCGCAUUGUGGUAAAACUUGUCAAUCAGAACUUCCACAGAUACCACCAGUUAUUAAAGAAAAAGAUAUAAGAUGUCGACUACCAUCGACUAUGAAAGAUGGAAUCAUUGUUAGUGAUAUAAAACAGUAUUAUAAAGUUGGAGAAGUAAUACAGUUUAGAUGUGUAGAUACAGGAGAAAUAAUAAAUACAACAUGUUUAACUGAUGCUACUUGGUCUGUCGUUAAUCAUGUUUGUGAUGUGUGUCCAGUCGGUUGGUCUGUAUUUAAAAAUCACUGCUAUAGAUUUUUCCCAGAAGCAAUAUUAUGGGUCCAGGCAGACGAAAAAUGUAAAUCUCUGGAUGGAAUCUUAACAACUGCAGCUGUACCAGAAGAACAUGAUUUCAUUGUUACUUUGAGAAUUCCACUCAGAACAACCUGGAUUGGUCUACGCAGAGAUAAACAGACUAAGAAAUAUAUGUGGAGUAAUGGAGAAGAAGCUGUGUGGACCAAUUUCAAGAAAGGCGGACCAAACCAUAGAUCAAAUGAACAUUGUAUUGCUAUAAUGGGCGAAGAAAAUGAAAGUAAAUGGGAAGACGUAUAUUGCACAUAUACUCGGAAACAUCCUUAUAUUUGCAAAAUAAAGGCAAAAAAAGCCAAACAUUGUUCAGACAGAAUACCAAACUGUGAAGAGAUUCUACACGAUUCGCCGACAAUGUGUAUGAACCAAACAUCAUUUGCCUCGUCUCAAUGUUCUCAUACAUGUGGAGUAUGUGACAAACAUUCGACUCCUCAUUGCGAAACACCAGAGAUACCAGAGAAUGUACGAGUGUUGGUCACCAGAAGACACCUAACUCGUGGUAGAACUGUACAGUAUCAAUGUAUUGAUGAGCAUACUGUUGAAUCUGGUAAUUUAGACAGAGUUUGUACUUCCAAUGGCAAAUUAUCAGGACAGCCACCUGUCUGUAAACUAUCAAAUCUUGCUCGGUCAUUGACUAGUGAAAUAGCAAUGAAAGACAGAGGUGGCUUUGGAACCAAAUCUUUUGUUUAUGCUGGGAGAACACCAGAACUAUUAAUUCAGAGGGAUGGACGUGUUGUUGAGUGGCACUUGUAUAGUCCAAUACCUGGAAAUCUUCAUCUACAAAUUUAUAGACCACCUACAAAUGAGUCUUUAAAUAGCUUUGAACUCUUAAGUUCAAGACCUGUGACAACAAGUGAAAAAAGAAUUGAAAGAAUAAUAGUACCAGUUCCUGAACAAACUGUGGUACAGCCUGGAGACGUAUUGGGCGUCUGGGUAGAAGCUGGUAAAUCUGGUAUCUCUAUGGAAGGCUGUAAUGGAAAUUAUUAUGCACCGUCCUUUAAAAUGAAGAAAAAGAAAUAUCUAAAUGCUAAUUCGUUUAAACCUGGUCACAUCGUAGAGUUUCCAGAUACAAACGAUUGUACUAUUAUCUCAUUAAGGGCUGUAAUAGGACCUGAUGUUGAUGUGUAAUAAAGUUGUUACUAUUUGUCACCAGCUGUGCAAUUUGUAGUAUUGUGAAAUAUAUUAACACGUAGUGCUAAAGACUGCUAAUAAACUUGUAUAUAUUUAGAUUGACUGCUCUGCAUAUAGGGUUGUUUUAUGUUUUGAUACAAUAAAUUGAUUUGAUUUGA